AUGCCUCCACCAAAGACAAGUGGGGCCACUUCCUCCACUUCCACCUCUUCAACCUUUUCCAUUUUUACUCAAAGUGGGACUCAAGGAAUGGGGAAGGUGGACCUUAUUGAACUAAAGAAUUCAAGAUAUCAAAUGGAGAAAGGUUGUUCAUUAACCAAUGUAAACAAAAGUGAGUUGGAUAGGUAUUUAGAAGAUGCAUGUGAACUUCAUGAUUCUAACUUUGAGAUUUUACUAUGGUGGAAAGAUCAAACAAAAAGGUAUCGCAUUCUUCAAAAGAUGGCUAAAGAUAUGCUUGCUAUACCUAUUUCUACCGUUGCUUCUGAAUCUACUUUCAGUACUAAUUGUCGUAUUCUUGAUGAUUUUCGAACAUCAUUGACUCCAAAGAUGGCCGAAGCCCUUAUUUGCGCACAAUAUUGGCUUCGUAUUUCUAGAACUCCUUUACCAAUAGAGGAGAGUUUGCUUGCACUUGAAGAAGUGAAGGAAGGUAAUGCAUUAACUUUGGAGCAUCCGAAGGUCAUAAUCGAUGAAAUCCUUAACGUCAUUGAAGAUGAUUAA